GUGUGUGCAGUAGGCGGGCUCCUGUCCGUCACCGAAACUCGCCGAGUCGAUCGUCCUUUUAUUUUUGUCUGGCUACCUGCUGGGAUAAGCAAUAAACCCUUGUAACGAAGAGUUCCUUUUGCAGUCUUAAUUAGUGCUGCUGCACUUUCUCCACCCAGUGGCUGUAUCAAUAACCCUCUGUCCAGACUGAAAGGAGUUGUUUUGGGAGUUGGUAACUUUAUCAGGUUUACAGAUGGCAGAUUGUGUGAGUAAGGUGGAACUAAGCAUCUCCUGUGAAAAUCUACUGGAUAAAGAUGUUUUCUCUAAAUCUGAUCCACUCUGUGCACUCCUUCUAAAUACUGGUGGAAAUCAGUGGGUUGAGAUUGGUCGUACAGAAAUGGUUAAGAAUUGCCUUGAUCCAAAAUUUUCUAAGAAAUUUCUGAUAGAUUAUUAUUUUGAGCAAGUCCAGAAGCUAAAAUUUGGAGUCUAUGAUAUUGAUAAUGAAACUUUUGAUCUGGGUGAUGAUGACUUCCUAGGGGAAUUUGAAUGCACUCUGGGCCAGAUUGUCUCCAGCAAGAAAUUGACCAGACCCCUUGUGCUGCACAAUGGGAAAGCGGCAGGAAAAGGAACAAUCACGAUUUUUGCAGAAGAAGUAAAAGAUAAUCGAGUGGUUAACUUUGAAGUUCAAGCUCGCAAGCUGGAUAAAAAGGAUUUUUGGGGAAAAUCAGAUCCUUACCUGGAAUUUUGUAAACAGACGCCUGAUGGAAAAUGGCAAAUGGUGCAUAGGACAGAGGUGAUAAAACGAAACUUAAAUCCCACUUGGAAACCAUAUAAAAUUCCUUUGCAGUCGCUUUGUAAUAGUGACUUGAAGAAGCCAAUCAAGGUAACUUGCUACGAUUAUGACAAUGAUGGGUCACAUGAUCUGAUAGGCACAUUUGAGACCAAUAUGGAGACGCUGCAAAUGGCAUCACAUAUUUCACCAGCAGAAUUUGAGUGUAUUAAUCCAAAGAAGAAACAGAAAAAAAGAAAUUACAAAAACUCAGGAAUAGUGAGCUUUAAAUUGUGUCAGAUCGUGAAAGAAUAUUCUUUCUUGGAUUACAUCAUGGGUGGCUGUCAGAUGAACUUCAUUGUUGGCAUUGAUUUCACAGGCUCAAAUGGAGACCCUCGUAAACCUGACUCCCUACAUUACAUUAGUCCUAAUGGAUUUAAUGAAUACCUGAUGGCAAUCUGGUCUGUUGGAAUGAUCAUUCAAGACUAUGAUACAGACAAAUUGUUCCCAGCAUUUGGAUUUGGUGCACAGAUACCUCCUAAUUGGCAGGUAUCACAUGAAUUUCCGCUCAAUUUUAACCCUGCAAAUCCAUUCUGUGCAGGAGUGCAAGGGAUUGUUGAUGCCUACCGAAAUUGUCUGCCUCAAGUGAAGUUACAUGGGCCAACAAACUUCUCUCCCAUAAUAAACCAUGUGGCAAGAUUUGCAGCUGCAGCAGCACAGCAGCCAACAGCAUCACAAUACUUCAUCCUACUGAUUAUCACAGAUGGAGUAAUAACUGAUUUAGAUGAUACACGACAAGCCAUCGUUAAUGCUGCUAAGUUGCCAAUGUCCAUCAUCAUUGUUGGUGUUGGUGGAGCAGAUUUCAGUGCCAUGGAAUUUCUGGAUGGCGAUGAAUGUGUUCUAAAAUCACCUACUGGAGAAAUAGCUAUCCGUGAUAUUGUCCAGUUUGUGCCUUUUAGGAAGUUCCAUAAUGCAACAAAAGAAGCUCUUGCACAGAGUGUCCUAGCUGAAUUGCCUCAGCAAGUGGUUUGUUACUUCAAUACGCGGAAGCUUCGUCCUCCAAAUGAGCCGAAUCCUUAAGUGCUCUAAGUUCAUAGCUAAAUGUUUAUAAUGCAUUAUGCCAAAAAAUCUAGUUUUCUUUGAAAUACCAUCAGAAAUCCAUGUGUUAACAUUCAAUGUAUUAUAUGUUACAUCUGUAGAUUUUCAAAGUUUUAGGAUUAUUUAAAAUAGUUUGUUGCAUUAUAAAUAUUUUGUAUGAAUUUAUAAACUAACUUUUUUACAUGUAGGUGAGGUCAAAUCAUUGUAUCGUAAUCAUUUGCUAUCUGUAAAAUUAUUCGUUUGCCUUUGGUAACAUUUUUAGAAAUGCUUAAAGAAGCAAUCUUUUGUUAGUCUCUAAUAUAUAUUCCACAGUUUUUAUACUGUUGUUAUAAUUCAGCUUUUGAAUUUUAGGUUUAUAUGCCUGUAUCUGGCACCAAUGUAAACAGCAGUUUUAAUUGCUUGAUUAUGGAAUUGAGAAUGAUUUACGUAUUAUAACACUGCACAAGUAUAUUGUACUAAGUGUUACUUAGGAUGGAAUAAUUUGAGUGUUAAAAUAAAACUUAGUGAUUAUACUGUAGGCUAUAUUAUCCAAUCCAUGAUAUUCCAUGUAUAUUGCAAUUUUAAAAAGUGGUUAUAUAAUAAUAAGAUUUAGCUUUGGCUGUAUCGAUAACUUUUGCAAUAUUUAUUUUUCCUAAUUUUAUCAUUUAAGUUUUGUCUGUGUUAUCAGCUAAAGAAAAUGCUGGAUUUCAAAGAAACUUUUCAAACAGAUUUUUGUAAGCAUGCAAGCUGUGUAACAAUCAGGUGAAAGUUUGAAUUGUUGCAUCUGAAGUACCAGGAUUGAUUUUUUUUUACAGGGGAUGGGGAGUGUGGGCAAGUCUGCUAAUGGACAGCAAAGCAAGAGAUAGUUGUUAAACUUCCCAGAACUCAGAAAAUUCUUAGUAUUAAUAUCAAUGGGCAGAAAUGGGAAUUUGAAAAAGACUGGGAAAUCCAAGGAUCCUUUAAGACCUGGGAGUUCUUUGGCCUUUUCUAGCCCACAUUUGAAGAGUGAAAGUCCCUUUUUGAUUUGGUAAUAUUUUGUUGUGAUACUAUUGAAGUCAUGGAGCCCUAACUUGUGCAUCUUGAAUGUAGUAUUUCUGAUUCUAUUGUAAGAAAUACAGAUGGCCUGAAUCAAUGUGGUUUAAUUUUAUGGCCAUUGGGAAUGCAAUUGAUUGGUUGCAGGCUUCCAGGUACUGAAGUUACAUCUCAUUGCCUGACACUCUCCUGGGAGGCCGUUAUAUUCUUUUUACUAGAUGCCAACUUAACUGCUGUGCAUUUCUAGCAUUUGCCAUUUUUUUAUUUCAAGAAUUAAGUGUUUUUUAUUAUGAAUUUUGCUCAUUCAUUAUGUUAUCAGAUUCUCCUGUUUAAUAAGUAUUGCUUGUCAGAAUUGCUGGAGUUUAUUCUUGUCUUCUCAAUCUGCCCCCCACUUAAAACACCGUGGUAAUGUAUCAUAUGGGUUGUUUUAUAGAACAGAUUAUAUUUUAGUUAUUUAGUCUUCUUGUCCUGAACAAUUAAGAUAUGAAAAAGCAAUAUACAGCAUUGUUAAACAGUUUAUUAAGCUACCUUCAAUAAACAUCCAAUUCAUUUGGUAUCAGCUCACUCUCUAAUUUUGUUCCUUGUAUUUCCAAGCUAUAUUAAUAUAUGAUUUCUUGUAUCAUUAAUUAUAGAUGAAAGGCAUGAUUUUGUUUAUCAUUGAUAUAUUUAUGACUGUUCAAUAAAAUUUAUCUAUUUUAUAAAUACGAAACUUGUACCAAUCGGUGCAAGUGUGACUGAGACGUUUACAAAUUCUCGGCUGUGAUCCCCAGAACUUGAACAUGAAGUUCAACAUGUGGAAAGCUGGAUAUGUAUGAAACUCAG